AUGCUUCAGAGUUUAAAUGAUAUAAAAAGCAAUAGUAUCGAUAUCUGUUUUCGAGUUGUCAAUGUUUUAUUGCAACUCCUCAAUGACAUAAUAAAUCAUCCAAAUCAACCGAAAUUCCGAAGACUCUACUUGGAAGGCGAUGUAAUUCAAAAUAAUCUUUUGCCUUUCGCCGGGGCUAUGGAAUUCCUUUUUGAAAUAGGGUUUAUAGAUGACGGAAUUUCUUUAGUGUUGCCAGAAUGUAUAAGCUUAAGUACAUUAAAUGAUUGCAAACAACAACUUACAAACAUAAUUUCAGAACAUAAAAAAUUAAAUUUUAAUGAAAAUAGUUUCUUAAAAGAAAUUAGUUUAACAUCAUUGGCUGUGCUUAAGUUUGAAGAUAAAAUAUUGCAAAGUAAAGCAUUAGACAAUUUAUCACCUGAAGACAUUGAGUUAUUUUCAAACUUCAACAAAAAUGAACCAUUCUACCACGAAAAAAUGAUGUUAAAACUUAUGACUUGGUUUAAAGAAUCAUUUUUUAAAUGGUUCGAUACACCAAUUUGCCAGUUUUGCUCUAGUACUACUAAAUUUAAAGGAAUAAAUCACGAAAAAAUAGAUGAAAACGUUAAAUAUUCAGAAAUGUAUGAAUGCAAUAACUGUUGUACAAUCACUGAGUUUAAGAGAUAUGGUAUCUGUGAACAACUUUUAACUGCUCGUCAGGGUAGAUGCGGUGAAUGGGCCAACUGUUUUACUUUAUUCUGUAGAGCUCUUGGUUGGGAAGCAAGACUGGCAGUUGAUAAAACUGAUCACGUAUGGACUGAAGUUUUGUCAGUUCAUCAAAAAAGAUGGAUUCAUUGUGAUCCGUGUGAAACUGCUUUAGACAAACCAUUGCUAUAUGAAAAAGGUUGGGGGAAAAAAUUGUCGUAUAUUAUAGCCUAUUCUAACGAAGAAGUUCAAGAUGUUACUUGGCGGUACGUAGAAAAUAAUUAUGACGUUUUAAAAAGAAGAACACUUUGUUCAGAAAACGAUUUGUUGAAUACAAUUUUAAGUUUGUCGCAGCAUAGACAAAACAAUUUAUCACUAUCAAGGUGUAAAUAUAUUGCAGCAAGACGUUUGAAGGAGUGUUUUGAAAUGUUAUUUAAGCCUACAUGUACUGUUGGUGAAAAUUAUGGUGGCAGAACGUCCGGGGCUCUUACGUGGAGAUUAGCUCGAGGGGAAAUACAAAUUGAGAAAUUUGUUUGGACUCCGUCUGAGACUGAAAUAGCCAAUAAAAGAUUUGAGCUCAAAUAUUCUACUGCUAUUGAUAGAUAUAUCCAUGGCAAUAGCAUUCACAAAGGAUGGAAAAGUGGUGUGUAUAGUUAUAGCUCAUUAUUCCGCAAAGAAGAAUUAGACUGGAAAAAUGUUUAUCUAUGUAGAGAAGAAAACUGCGAGAAAUCAACAAUAGAAUGGCGAUUUGACUUUUCUUCAAGUGGUCUGGUUAUACAAGACGUUAAAUUAAUUUAUACUACAGCUCUAUUCAACACGGGUCAAGUUGAAUGGAAAUUGAUUGGAAACAAUCUAACCGUGAAUCUGCCUACUAUUGAAAAUAUUAAAGAAGUCAUUGUUGAUCAAAUGGAAGGUGCUCAUUUUGUUACAUUAAAUGCAACUUUAUCUGGAGGAUCUGGGGACACAGCCUGGCAACACUCUCAAAUAUUUAGACAGUCAAUAAAAGAUCAAGACUAUCCAUUUCAGAUUGUGUUUAAUCUUAAAUAA